UGUGCGUGCAUGUCUGUGUAAGUGUGUGAGUGAAUGCAUGUGUAUUCACGUCACAGCUGGGUAUAUAAGUGCCUCUCUCCCUCCUUCCUGAGAAUACCCACUUUCAUUCUCCUCCAAGCUCGCAAAACAGAAUAAGUUCACAUUUGCAGGAUGAACAGCGGGGUGUGCGUGUGUCUGAUCCUGGCUGCGCUUUCUGCCUCCUGUUUGGGUCGGCCCCGCUCCUCUUCCUCUGACACUGAUGACAGCCCUCUCCCCUCGCAGCUGGAUGCCAGUUUAAGUGGGCACCACCGGGUCGCCCGCUCCACCAGCCUCACCCUCAAACAGCAGCCCGCAGACACAAACCCAGACACUCGUGCCAACCUCAGCCAACUGCUGGCCAAACUCAUGUCCAAAAAAGGUUCUGUUCAUCGCAGCUCCUCCAUGAACAACAGAGCAAACAGCAUUAACCACCGGAUAAAAGAUCGGGAUUACGUGGGCUGGAUGGAUUUUGGCCGCCGGAGUGCUGAGGAAUAUGAAUACUCAUCAUAAAAUCCAUAUAUAUCAGCUGGUUCCUCACCUACAAAUAAAGAGUAUAUUUAUUACUACUACCGUUAUUAUUAUUCUAAUGUACAUUUGUUAAGAAACCAGUAUAAUGCAAUAUACACAUAUGCCUAAUUUUGCAAAAAAAGACAAAAAAGUCUCAAAGUAUUGUUGUUGUUUUUCAGUCUUGUUGUUUUUAUUUGUCAAAUAUGCAGUGGUUUUUGCAUAAAGGGAACCAUUAAGCUGAUGUGCUUGUCAGAUUCAUGAACCCACAGUUUUCAAUAAAUCAGGUCAGCAUUCAACUUUGGCCUUAAAAUCC